AUGAAGAGAACCUGGCAGGACAUUAAUACUUUGAUUAAUAAUAAAAGAAGAGAUAAACGUAACAUAUGUACUUUGAAAAGACCAAACGAUGGAGGUGUCACAAACGAUCCCACCGAAAUUCCAAAUUUAAUUAACAGGCACUUCGCAACAGUUGGACAAAAUCUCUCAAACCAAUUCCCUAGCUCUAAGCAUGAUUUCCGUGAAUAUCUAAAAUAUCCUUCUCCUACAAAUUCAUUUUACUUUGAUGCUGUUACCCCUUUGGAAGUAGAAAUGGAAAUACUAUUAUUACCUGCCAAUAUGGCUCAUGGACUAUAUUUAUUUGCAGCACCAAUCCUUAAAGGCGCGAGAACUAUUAUUUCUAAACCGUUAGCAAAUAUUAUGAAUGCAUCAACUAAAACAUGCACAAAUCGUGCCAAUUUUUAA